ACACACACACACAGCUCUGUGCGCCGCUGGCUGCAGUUCGUUUCACACGCUUUGGAAAUACACAAAGCCAAUUCCUUAUGGAUAUUUAUUCUUCCAAACUUUCUCCCGCGGUGGAUUAUGGAGCCGGGGCCUUUCUGCUGCUGAUAGCAAUUUUGUCCAUUGUGGGGAAUUUCCUGGUCCUUUUAAUGGCAUACAAGAGAUCUUCUCAGAUGAAGCCCGCAGAGCUCCUCAGCGUGAACCUGGCUGUGACAGAUCUUGGUGCGGCAGUUUCGAUGUACCCUCUUGCUGUAGCAUCAUCAUGGAAUCAUUCCUGGUUAGGGGGUGAUGCCACCUGUAUCUACUAUGGCUGGAUGGGGUUCUUUUUUGGCGUAGCCAGCGUGGCUACCCUGACAGUCAUGGCUGUAGUGCGCUUCACUGUAUCCAUGACACUACAGUCUCACACGGAGAAAAUCACUAAAAGGACGGUGCAGGUGAUGUUGGCAGGCACAUGGCUGUAUGCUCUCUUAUGGGCUGUGUUUCCUUUGGUUGGUUGGGGUGCAUAUGGCCCUGAGCCCUUUGGCUUGUCCUGCACACUGGCCUGGGCAGAGAUGAAGGAGCACAGCCCAUCCUUUGUCAUCAGCAUGUUCGCCAUGAACCUGGCCAUGCCUGCCCUCAUCAUCGUCUGCUGCUACUUUGGUAUCACCCUCCGACUCCAUUUGUCCUACAAGUCUCUAGAGAAUGGCAAUUUCAUCCAGAACAGAGUUAAGAUGCAGCGCCGUCUCAUGUUGAUUGCUGUUCUGAUCAGCGCUGGUUUCAUUGGCUGUUGGACACCCUAUGGGAUAGUGAGCUUAUGGUCAAUCUACUCAACUUCUUCCAUCACUCCCCAUGUCAGUAUGUUGCCCUGCCUCUUUGCCAAGACCUCCACUGUGUACAACCCACUGAUCUAUUACAUCUUUAGCAAGUCUUUUAAACAGGAGGUGAAACAGUUUCUCCAUGCAUGCAUUAGAUCCCAGGCAUGCCGUGGCUCUCAGCCAAAUAACCUCACAGAGAAUACAGUCUACAUGGUGUGUGAAGGAACCACAGUCAGAGAAGACCUGCAUAUGGAGCACAUGUUUCAAAAGGACAGAGAUAGAUGCUGAUACGCAAUUCAGACGUGUGAAAUAUCAAUAACUCUGGGAUUUCUUUUCCACGUACUCAUGGAUUUUAUUCAUUUCCCUGUGUGUCUGCUUGUUUAACCAGUUAUUUCUUGGGACCAACAAUACCCUUAGGUUGGCAGUGUUGCCAAGUAAUAAAAUGAAAAUCAUAUGAACAUUAAAAUCAUUUAUUAAAGCAAAUGCUUACCAUAAAUACACCAAGACACAUGAUCAAAUAUUUAAAUUGAUAAUAAAUAAAUGUGUCCAGUUUAAAAGUCAUUGAUAUUUAUUCCAGGUGUAAUAGAGAGAUGGAGGAAAAAUAAGAAAAUGAAUAGAUGACUUUAUUUAAAAUAUUAUUUAGAUCAAAUUUAUAUGUAAUUACACAAUUAUGAGAAGCCAGCAUGCUUGUAAAUUGCAGUGGACAUAUAUUAUUACCAUUAUUAUAAUUGUCAAUAUGUUACAACC